AUGGCCUCAGUCUUUCCGCAGCGCGUAAACUUGAACCCGAUUGCAACCCCGGUGAAUCAAGAGGCUCUCGAGCUGGGAAAAGACGAUCACCAGCAGUCUCACUCUGUACCAGUGACUUCACAAACUUCUGCAGACCCUCACUCAAAUACUCAACAACUUGAAUAUUCUGAGAUACUACAAUGGCAUCGAUCUCAUAUGUAUAUACAGAGAGGCUAUGAUGAUAUCGAAAUGGCAUCUGAAGAGAAUCUUAGGAUUCCACCACCAAGAGAAGCCAGUAUUACGAAUGAUCAUACCUCUGAGGAUGGUACGGGGGAACAAAAACAUGAGACACAUCCGAUGCCCACGUUUCCGGUAGAAGCCAUCCGGGAAAACUUGAAAGAACCGGCAAUUAAAAGAUUCUUGAAAUACGUACGGGGAAUUUUCAGUCCUAAAAGAGUACUUCCAUUGAUCGUGACCUAUACGGCGGAGUUUUACAAAGAGAAGGAGAUGGUGGACGCAAUACUACAAUCAGCCCAAGUGACACUUCCAGAUGAUGAUCGAGCCAAGGUGAACACCCAUCUCGGAAUUCUAUCACAACAUGCACCGGCAGAAUGGAUUGAUUCGCUGUAUCGACAUAAUUUGCUCUAUUCAAGAGCUAAACUAUACCAGCUGGUCCUUGAACUUCGUCCUACGGUUCACCCGGAUGGUCCUGCUGCCUCUGGACAGGAAGAAUCUGGAAGCUUUAACAGAAUGAAGGAUAUCAAACAAGCCCUUGCAGACUACUCGAAUGCUAUGGACACCUUCAAAGCAUUCCGCAAGGAACCUGGCGAGAUCAGGAGUGAUCAGUAUAUAAUGACUCUUGCCGGGAUGUUGACCGAACUCGACAAGAAAAGAGGCCAAACCAAACUUGAAGAAACGCAUCAGCUUUCUACAUCUAGGGAUAAAAUACAGCAAGAAGAAACUGCACAACAGCCCUCAAACGAUAUAGCCGUCUUCGAGGCUCAGAUCGCAAACCUUCUUGUCAACGGAGCUAAGUUCAGCAGUGCUGGGGUACGAACCGAAGAGGAAUCUAAAGCCAGACUAGACUUUCUCAGUCGCUUAGUGAUGGCUCUGUUUGGAGGAGCGGCACUCAUAGUACCGAUGCUUAUCAUGACUCUUCAUCCUUCCAAAUUAAACAGUUUGCUCACGACCUCGCUAUUCGUGGUUGGCGUCGCGGUAAUUUUGGCCUGGUUUAUGAAGGAUGCUGCGCCUAAGGAUAUUCUUGGGGCAACUGCUGCCUAUGCAGCUGUUCUGGUGGUCUUCGUUGGGACAGGCUGA